AUGGGUGUCUCCUUAAAAAUUUGGCGAGGCCACAGGGCCUUUAAAGUGGUAAUACCGACAAUUUUUCUUAUUUUACUAGCUUUGUUGUGUACCUGGACAGGUCUUGAUGCUUUAACAAGCAAGCUUGAAGAACCCCAGCCUCUUGCUUUGGGACUGAUUACAAACCGUAAUAGUACUAUCAGUGGUGGGAAAGAAACUUUCAUUCCAACCAAGGAUGAAAUCAAAAAUGCUAGGGAGUAUUAUUAUAAGUUGUUGGAUCAAUCUCUACUACGACUGGAUCUAAUGCCUUUGGAGAGACCUAAGAUAGAAAAUACAUCUAUAUAUUCAGGGCCAAGCGGAUAUUUCAUGAAUAUAAGUUCGGCAAGGACAGUCCAAUUCAAUUCAUAUUUGGCUACAGACAGAAAAGAUGACGGGGAUAUUUGCGAACACAUGAAAUUUGGCCAGGAAAAGAGCACAAGAACUACAGAAAUCAAGAUUUCCGAAGCCAAGCAGUUGGGAGAUGAUGUAAAUAUAUCAGCAAUUAAGAGAUAUCUAAAUAUUUCGGGAUAUGGAGAAGAUGUUCCAAAAGUGGAUAUUUCCAAUAUGGAAAACGAUUGCUGGUAUAGGUUUGCGGGUUCUGCAAUCUGGUUAGAGGACCAACAAUGUUACUUUGAAGUUGAUCGGAUAAUGUAUGCACCAGAAUCACGUAAUUCUCCUUGGUUGUCGCUAAUCUGGAUGCAGCUUUUUGACAAGGAUUUCAACGAAAUCAAAAGCAAAAGACUCCGGUUUAUGGAUCUUUCAGGUGAAGAAAUCGAAUCCGUAUUAUCUGAGCUUGGAAAUUUCAAUGCAACUGAAAAUAUCGAUAGACGGGAGAAGCUUUUGGACAAAAUUUCAACCAAAUUCCCCGCCGUCAUGGAUAUUUCUUUUAUAACAGAGGAUUUUGGCAGGCCACAGGGACCUGAAGAUCCCAGAAUAUUUGCGAGAUUGGACAAAAAUGGGAAAACAGAGCCAGUUGUCGUAUUUAAUCAGAUAAAUGAUCGGAAACAGGUUGCUAUGUACGCGGGAUUUCCUUUGCGGAGAAACAGGGAACAGGAUAAGCAUAGUGUACCGACUGUUGAAUUCAACUUCGGAAGUGAAACAAAUCUUGAGUUCAAGCCAAUUGAAAAGAACUGGAUGCCAUUUAUUGAGGAUCCAGAGGAUGGCGAUAAGAUUAGCUUCAUUUAUGAAUUGGAUCCAUUAGCAAUACUUCAUUGCACCUUGCACGAUGGAAUUUGCGAUGUGGCUCAAAAAAUUGAAGCGGAACCAACAGAAAUAGAGACAGGUGUUUCUCUAAGAGGAGGAACAAACCUCAUUGCCAUUCCUAGUUCAAUUGUGCAGGAAAUCUUUACAAAAGAGCAAACAGAGGGAAAUAAUGUGGGAAUGUGGGUUUCAUUUCUUAAAUAUCAUGGUUGGGAAUCUGGAUGUGGUAGUUCCACGUAUAGGCCGGCACUUCUGACACUGGUUAGAUACGAUGAUAAGUACAAAAUUGAAAUGAUGUCGGGUGCUUUUGAUUUUGGCAUGGAUGUUCUCAGUUUUGACGGAAAAUCAGUGAAAUGCCAUGACGAUGGUCCCAACGUUCUUUCACCUAAUAGCAUACCGUUUUGGAAAAUCACCAAAGUGGGAAAUUUGAAAGAGACGGAUAACGAAAAGAGAGCUAGCGAGAAAACACAAGUACAAAACGCGCCAAACAAUGAGAAUGACCAUAAAGAGGAAGAAAAUAAGGAAAUGCUAGAUUCUAACAGCCCAGAGUACAAAGAUCUUAUGGGCCUAACGAUUAGUGAGGCAGACAGGAAUGUUAAAUAUUUGUUUAUAAGCAACAUUAUAAAUUACGUGAUGGAGGCAUUCAAGACAAGCUCUUUGAGAAGGCCAGGAAGCUUUGAUGAAAGCAUAUAUACUGAGAUGAUUGAUAUUGAAAAGUGUGCAGUAUUGGAUUUCCUUGAAUAUUGCAAAGAGUAUGAGAAAACCCACUAG